GCUCUCCUCUUCUCUGCCUGCUUUGUGUUGUCAGGCAGAAAGACACAGCAGCCAGGGUGGCGCGUGUCCUGAUACACAGGCACCCCGUCAUCGACCAGAGCUAAACAAUAGAUAGUCUUUUUUUGUUGUCCGUUUCAAAGUAGUUAGGUGUUAUUUAUAAUUUCUGCUACAAUGUCGGUGGGUGUGGAGUCUGGAUUCUCGAGCGAGGAGGUCUUGAACAGCCGCUUCCCUCUCCACCGGGCGUGCAGGGAUGGAGAUGUCGGUGCCUUGUGCUCCCUCCUUCAGUGCACCUCAAACCCGGCUGACCUCGCUGUGGAGGACACCUUCUACGGCUGGACGCCCAUACACUGGGCCGCUCACUUCGGAAAGUUGGAGUGUGUGAUGCGUCUGGUUCAGGUGGGCUGUGGUGUAAAUGCCAUGACCUCCAGGUUUGCACAGACACCCACCCACAUUGCUGCAUUUGGGGGCCACCCUGAGUGCUUGUUAUGGCUACUCCAAGCUGGUGCAGAUAUUAACAGACAGGACUAUGUGGGUGAGUCGCCCAUCCACAAGGCUGCUCGUGCGGGCAGUCUGGAGUGUAUCAACGCUCUCUUGAUUCAGGGAGCGAAAGCUGAUAUGAGGAAUGCCAGUGGGCUGACUGCUGCUGACCUGGCCCACGCUCAGGGAUUCCAGGAGUGCGCUGAGAUUCUCUCCAAUGCCCAGAACUUCCAACAAAACAUGGCUCAGUCCCAUAACGGAGCUUUUCUGAAUGGCAUGACCCAGAAUGGGGGCCUCGCUCGCCCCACUAUCCAGGGACGCAGCUUCUUGAAUGGCGUGCCCAACAGAAAGAGGUCAUUCGAUGGCAUGGAGGCAAACCCAGUGAAGAAGGCUCGGCCUAACGGUCUGGGCAUGCCACCAGAAUUGCUGAAUGGGAAUGGGCCACUGGGUGGCGCUGGAGAGGCCCAGAUGGAAAGCAUGACCAUGGAGUUGGCAGCGACUGUAACCUCAGCGGCAGGUGAGAAACACUGUGAGGCUUUUUCCUCAAAUGGUCACAAUCAACCACAGCUUCCAUUUGGGUGUGACCCCGUCGCAGAUAUCCUCCACGGCCAACUCACCCACAGUGACUCAUCUGACAACAACAGCACUGCAGGCAGCCAGGUGGAGCACCAGAAGUCUGUGAAAGCAGAGCAGUUGUACGAUCAUGCCUUCUUCACCACCAUGCUUCUUUACCAUGGAUCUUAAAGUAUGAAAGAUCGAGUUUGAUGGGCCGUCCUUUUUGCCUGAAUGUCAUAUAAGCCUAAACAAGCAUUCAUUUGCCUUAAAGCCAUUGAGUGGUCCUGUUAUUCAUUGAUUUUUGUUAUUUCUUUUUAAUUUGGAAAGGGCAGGCCCAGUUUGUGGAUGGACUUAAAUGCUUAUCUAACUGAUUGUUGGUUAAAAAGUGGAUUUUUUUUUGUUGUGUUGUUAAAGAGAAAGUGUUUGUUUAGCCUAUUAUUAAAGUUUGAUUAAGCUGUAAAUACCCUUGUUCUGAUAUACAGUACACUAAACUAGGCAUUUGUAUUGAACCACUGCCAGUACUUUGUUUCUGUCUCAACUAGAAGUGGGGUGAUCCCCUUUUCUUGAUGUUAAUAAAAACAAUACAAGUUACUCAUUAAUUAAAGAAAAGUUUUGUUAAAGUUAAA